AUGAUAAGCAGGAACCAAAACUCCACCACCCGAACACCCGAAAAGCAUUGGGACACAAAUACGGGACAGGACAACAAUGGGAGUAAACACAAAGAUGAUGAUAAUCGAAAUAGAACCAAAACUAGAAACGCUGGGGCAAGCGAAGAGAAACGGCUAACCUACGAUGGUGGUAGCCUUGACGAUUUGUGUAAGGAUAGUAAGAUCAUGUCUCCCACACCCACUGGCAAAACAGCUGCACCAGAACAGCAUAUUUCGACCUUGGCGUCCUCGAACGCAGCCGCUGGAGACAAAGAAACGAGACAGACUGCUCCACGCAGCAAUGAGUUUCCAUUCAGUCCUUGGAAUCAAGUGGCGCAUCACGGUGGUUUGCAGCCAAAGGCAACUACUUCGACAGCAUCGUAUAACGUGAAUGCCUACGGAUUCGUACCCCGUUGUGAUGGGGCUAACGAUCCAGAUAACCGCAAUCCCAAAGCAGCAAGCGACGCUUUGAAUUCUGCGGUUACGAGAGGUGCUAGCAAAACCACGGGCGACAAAUGGUAUCGCAAAACACCCCGCAAAGACCCCGAUCCGUUGGACCUUGAAUAUGGUCGGAGUAGAGAAGGAGGCCAAAAACUGGACUUGCCGCUGCAUUAUUGA